ACCCACUUGGCAAUUGGAAUUAACAUCUUUAUUUUUUAAAAAAUACCUCUAUUUAUUACUUAAUAAUAAUAAUAAUAAUAAUAAUAAUAAUAAUUAAUAAAUAAAUAAAUAAUCUCUUCUAAAGGUUUAUCUGGCCACCAGCCACUGGGUUGUCCCAACUAUGUUCUGAGCUCCCACUAUAUAAACAUAGCCCCGCUAUAACUGAAACCCUAAUUUUUCGUACUCCUCUCCCUUCCACAACCUACUUGUUUUUGCUGCCCAUUCCUUUAAAACCCUAGCUCAACUCCAUCUUCGAUUCUCAUAUUUUGUCUCUUUUGAUUUAGUUUUGUUUGUGCCCUUGUGUUUGUUGGAGAUUCCAAGCUUCUGCGCUAGUUAUGUCGGACGAGGAAAGAGAAGAGAAGGAGUUGGAUCUCACGACUCCUGAGGUCGUCACCAAGUACAAAAGUGCAGCUGAAAUCGUGAACAAGGCUCUGCAGUUGGUGUUAUCGGAAUGCAAACCAAAAGCAAAGAUCGUAGAUAUAUGCGAAAAAGGCGAUGUUUUCAUCAGAGAGCAAACUGGGAACAUGUACAAGAAUGUAAAGAAGAAGAUUGAAAGGGGUAUUGCGUUCCCCACUUGCAUUUCCGCAAACAAUACUGUCUGCCACUUCUCUCCUCUGGCUAGUGAUGAGACCGUGUUAGAAGAAGGUGAUAUGUUGAAAAUUGAUAUGGGAUGUCACAUUGAUGGGUUCAUAGCUGUUGUGGCACACACUCAUGUUCUCCAAGAAGGGCCAGUGACUGGUAGGGCAGCUGAUGUUAUUACAGCAGCCAAUACUGCUGCUGAAGUUGCUUUGAGGCUUGUGAGGCCUGGAAGGAAGAACAAAGAUGUAACAGAUGCCAUUCAGAAGGUUGCUGCUGCAUAUGACUGCAAGAUUGUUGAAGGCGUUCUUAGUCACCAGCUAAAGCAGUUUGUCAUUGAUGGGAAUAAAGUUGUUUUGAGUGUCUCCAGUCCUGAAACAAGAGUUGAUGAUGCAGAGUUUGAAGAGAACGAAGUCUAUGCCGUUGAUAUAGUUGCCAGCACAGGUGAUGGCAAACCUAAGCUGUUGGAUGAGCGGCAAACAACCAUAUAUAAAAGAGCUGUGGACAGAAAUUAUCACUUGAAGAUGAAAGCAUCAAGGUUUAUCUUCAGCGAAAUAAAUCAGAAAUUUCCCAUCAUGCCAUUUACAGCAAGGGCUUUGGAAGAGAAGAGGGCUCGACUUGGAUUAGUGGAAUGUGUGAAUCAUGAUCUUUUGCAGCCAUAUCCUGUUCUACAUGAGAAGCCUGGUGAUUUUGUUGCGCACAUUAAAUUCACAGUACUAUUAAUGCCGAAUGGGUCAGAUAGGAUCACAUCCCAUCCUCUGCAGCAGCUGCAGCCCACAAAGACUACAGAUGAUGACCCCGAAAUCAAGUCCUGGCUAGCUCUUGGCAUAAAGACUAAAAAGAAAGGUGGUGGGAAGAAAAAGAAAGGUAAAAAAGGGGACAAAAUGGAAGAUUCUGCAGUAGCGGAAGGAGCAUCAAAUGGUGUUUCAUCUCAAGAAUAGAAUUUUUCAUACAAUGCGGACAAUUGCGAGUAUGAUUCAUGGGGGCGAGCAAGACAUCUAUAGUGAAUUGGGGAUUCUGGUUUGUGCAUGUGGUAAUUACGCUUUAUCGACGAACUCCUCUCUUUUCCAAGUUCUAAUGCCCCAUUCCUGGUGUGUGUUGUUUAAAACACUGGGAAUAAAGGCAUAUAUGCAUAAAUGCCCACAGCGUUUGAAGCUCCAAUGAACGUUGAAUGUGAAGUGCAAUGUUUUAUCCUCGGCAUGGGCCCUUGAAAACUUGAGUAGAGAUAAUUUCAGCUGACCCUUAUAGAGUACAUUUUGCCUUUGUCA